AUGGCCGCAGCAUUAGCGUCGGCCGACAAGUACUCGUCGACGGUGAUACUGACGACGAGCCUGGUCGCGCUCGUGUCGGGCUUCCUGCUGGGCGUCUACAGCAUCCGCGGCUACCUCGUGUCGCCCGACCUGGCCGAGGAGCGCCGCCGCAACUACCGCGACCCCGUCGAGAGCGAAGAGUCCGACAUUGACGAGGACGACACCAUUCUCGACCACGCCCCCAACUGGAGCAACGGCGCCGAGGCCGACAGGAGGGAUGGUCUGCGCGCGACGGCGGCGGCAGCAGCAGGCAGGGACAAGAAGAAGUCGGCCGGUCAGGACAGGGACGCGGCGGAGGUCAACGCCGGUGCGGACGAGAAGGAGGAGUGCAAGCUCGUGCUGGUGGUGAGGACGGACUUGGGCAUGACCAAGGGCAAAAUCGCCGCCCAGUGCUCCCACGCAACCCUAGCCUGCUACAAGGUCCUGACGCGCGCCGCUUUGAAGUCGGACGCGGCUGCCCGCCUGCUCCGCCGCUGGGAGCGCAUGGGCCAGGCCAAGAUCGCCGUCCAGGUCAAGAGCCAGGAGGAGCUCGAGGAGCUGCAGGGCGUCGCCCGCAGCCUGGGCGUCACGGCCGAGGCCAUCCACGACGCCGGCAGGACCCAGAUCGCCGCCGGCAGCAUGACGGUCCUGGGCGUCGGUCCCGCGCCCAAGAGUCUGGUCGAUCAGAUCACGGGCAAGCUCAAGUUGUUGUGA